AUGAUAGCGGGCCCCCACGCGGGACCGAGCCACGGCCGGCAUGCGAAACUUUCCACGGCGCAGGCGAUCGGCCUCCCAGACCUCCCUAAGGAGCUCGUGGCGAGCAUCGUCAGCUACCUACCGUACGCCGCGCUCCCCGCCUUCCGUACAACAUGCAAGCUAGCUCGGGAGCUUGUGGAUGCGGCGUCCAAUGGCUGGGUGAUGAAGGUGGAGGAGGGGGAGGCGCUGCUCACAAGCGGGUUGCUGCAGCGACUGACUUCUCUGGUCUACGUGUGGUUCGAACGGUGGACCUGGGAGGAUGAGCAAGAGGCCAACUUCCUGGCGGUCAUCCUCAUGAACCUUGGCGUGUUUGCCAGGCUGCAGCAUUGCGCAGCUCUACGCUCCGUGGCGGCCCUCUCCUCGCUGUUGGAGCUCAGCUUGGAGGGCUGGGCUCUGAACGAUGCCGGGGCGCGUAUUCUGGGCCAGGGGCUACCCCAGCUGCAGCGUUUGAUGCUGGGAAACACGGGGGAGGUGUCCAGGGAGGGUUACGCUGCCCUGGCCCGGCUGACCGGCCUCCUGAGUCUGACAGCGGCGGCAGCUCGUGGCAGCAACGCCACUCUGCAGCCUCUGGCGGCCUUGACGGCCCUCACGGGGCUGAGAAUAGAGCUGGCGCCGGGCUUUGCCGACGAGGACCCCGGGCCGCUGGCGUGUCUGCCGGCGCUGCGGACGCUGGGGUGGUGGCAUGCGGAGCCCCAGCCCGCGACAGGGGUGCGUCCCUGCAGCGUGUCGCCCUGGCUACGAGAGCUGUCUCUGUGCAUGGAGCUGGACGUAAGGGCGUUGUCCGUGUUGGCUGAGUGCACCGGCCUCAACAUGAUGCAGGUACAGUCCAUACGAAUCCCCACCUCCGAGGAUGACCCAGCGCUCAUCGCCACGGCCAAAUGGGGGACAGAAGCGGCGGUCGCCUUGGCAGCUGCAGGCAGUGCUGCAUCCGGCGCUACAUCCCGUGCCGUUGCGCAACAGGCUCCCGCGCUGCUGCCGGACGGCGGCUGCCGCGGCAGCGGCUCCUCCGGCGUCGCGUCUGUGCCCCUCGGCGGCGUCCGGCCCCACCUCUUAAUGCCUCCAUGCCUCCCGUUUCUGCGGACACUCAUUCUGGGGGAGCUAUCCAUGCCCGCACCGGGGGAGCCGCAGCCCGUGGUGAGGUUGGUGGAGCUGUUUCCGGCGCUGGAGAACGUGCUGGUGUUCCACGUUUCGGGGCGGGGACUGCAGCAACUGACGGGAGCUGACCGGCUGAAGCGCCUGGCGCUCAACUAUCCGCAACUGCGCGAUGAGGUUCUGGAGUUUCUGCCCCCGCUGCCCUCCUUGACGGGCUUCCAACUGGAGGGGUGCGCGCAGCUGACCGGUGCUGCGGUGCGAGCGCUGCGCUCCGUGCCCUACUUGGACCAGCUGCUGCUGCUGGAGUCGCCGGCGGUGACGGACGGCUUCCUGUGGGAGGCAGUGGCGGUGCUGGGGGCGCUGCGGACGCUGGUGCUGUCGCGGCUGCCCAAUGUGCAUGACGAGGGGCUGCAGGCCCUGGUGUCCCUGGCCGGUAGUCUGGAGCACCUUGAGCUGCGUUGCAUGGCGGGAGUGACACCAGCGGGCCUGCAGGUGGUGACACAGCUGCCUAGGGUUACUGUGCUGGCGGUCAGCGAGUGCCCGGGCGUCGGGAAGGCCGCCUGUAGGGAGCUGGCGGCGACGUUGGCGGCGGCGGGUAGGGACGUCAACGUGGAGCACGAGACGACGACGCUGGCGCCGGUAUCCCUGGCCGAUGAGUUUGGCGAGCCGGAGGAAGGGGCCGGGGAUGGAGCGGCGGGGGAGGGCGCAGUGCUGGGGUAG